GAAGCGCUGGACCUGGAGUUGUACUUCACUCGGGUGAAGGCAAUCCAGGGCACAGACGCUGGCAACUGGCUCGCGGAACGGGUGCGUGUGGAGUUCGCCACCCUGAAGCAGAUGAUCGCCGAGCUGAAAGAGGGGGCCACGAGCGUGGAGGAGGUCGGCGAGACGUGGCUCCCUUCCGUGGCCCCGGGGCUCUUCGACGCCGACCUGGUCCUCUGCAGCGAGCCGCUGUGGCUGUGCCCCUUCGUGCGGCCGAGGCACGGAAGGACCAUGCUCGGGGUCCUUCACAUGGCUCUCCUGAACGAGUUCCCUGCCGCGGACGAGGCGAACCUGCGCGUCUUCUGGCGGGCCUUCAAGGACAUGAUGGAAGCCCAGCGGAUUUACCUCUCCAUCAGCUGCCGCAUCACGGCUGAGCAGGUGGCCUACCAAACCGGAUGGCGCCUGCCCUAUGUGCCGUUUGUUGGACUCGGCAUUCGAGCGAGGUACCAUCCCGCCGAAGCCCGGCGAGCCCUGCUCUUCCGGAACAACCGGCAGAAUAUGCUGACUUUCCGGAGGGCACUGCGGAUGUUCCUCGAGGAAGUAGCAAGCGACAGCCCUGUGGAGGUGGUUGACAUGAACAGCGGCCCGCGCGUGUACACCUUUCAAGAGAUUGCGGAGUUCCAUGCGGUCAUCUUUCUGCCCCAUGGCCCCAGCGCCCUGCGCCUCACGGACGUCUAUGCCGCGGGCAUCCCGUCGCUGGUGCCCGAGGAGCCUAUGAGCCACAAGUUCAUCUGGAGCAGCCGCACCUUUGGAGGCUAUGAUGCUGAGAGACACUGCCUUUCUGUUGCGCCGCCAGAGUUUCGUCGUGGAGGUGCAGAGGAGCCGUUUGCUUAUCAUCCCACGCAUUACCUGCAGUCAUGGGCCAUUCACCGCUUCAUCGACGACCGUCGCUACUGGUAUCGUUAUACAGAGUGGGCCACACUACCCCACCUCCUGCCCUUUGUCUCCCUUCCCUCGCUCGUGGCGUCGCUUGGGACCUUGACCCGUGAGCGAGGGCUCGCGGUCUCGGCGCUCAUGGCGCAGCAUCAU